GUUCAAGAAGACCUUCACAACCUUAAAGUUAAAGUGAAAAAUAUCAACUUGAAAGGAAAUGUAAAAGCUGUGGAUACUAGCGACUUCGAAACAGCAAUUGAAAGAACUGAACUUGGGCUGAGAAAACAUGCUGAAAAUUAUUUAAAUGCUAUAAACAGAGAAGUGUUAACUAUUUCUUCUACUGAUAAUAAAGAAGUACAUUCAAAAGAGCCCCCUAAAUGGGGCCUUCAUUUUGGUGCUACUCAGAAACAGCUUAUUUUACCACGAGUACCUGUUGAGCCAGUGACUGUCCAGGCAUACAGCAAAUCAGCACUACGUGUUUGUCAAAGUUCACAGCAGCAGCUGGAAAUGGAUAUGAAAAUUAUGCUUGAUCCAGAGAACAUCAAUAAUAAAGCUGUUUUAAAAAAACAGAACUACAAGACCAGGUUGCCACUUAUAACUAAGAAAAAAUCUGCUCCUCAUCAGCCAGGCAAGAGAAAACAAUAUAAUCUUCUGCUGGUGGUGGCUCAUUAUCAUCAAGUGAGAGAUCUCAAUGAUGUUACUUGCCUUGAAGUUGCAUGUGCUAUGUGUAGUCAGAAGACAGUGAAAGGUCAUAUGGUUAGCAACCUUUGGGGUUUGCCUUCCUCUCACCACAUGGAUUCUCCCUUACCCCUGUUAGAAGAAGAUAUAACGAAAGGUAUUCUGAGCCUAACUGAACAAAGGCUUAUCCCUCCAGCAACAAAGAUAACUCUCCAGACACAUCCUGUUCUAUCCAAAGCAGCGCCUUUCCAUGAAUUUCACAGGCAUCACAAGAAGUCAGCUGUAGGAGAGAUUAGUAGUAGGGUGGAUCCUGAGAAUACAGACACCAUCACCUUCCCAAACUCAAAGGAAGCAAUUUAUGGCAAGUAUUCCUCUAGUAAAGAUAACAUUGCACCACUUCCAUCCAGCAGCUCCAUGGUUUCACCAAGGAAAUCAAAGCCGGCGUGGACGUAUCCAGCUCAACAGUUGGAAUCUGAGCUGCAGAUUCCCUCUCAGACACAGGAUCCAUGCUUUGGUUGCGACAUUGCUGUUUACUAUGGCACAAUAGACCAGAAAGCUCCAGGCUUUCUGGCAUUCAAGCAACAUCAUUGUUUAUCCUGGGGGAGCAUUGUCUUUUUUUUGGAACAUACAGAAAAGCUUCUCAAGGACUAUGCUGUACCGUUGGCUACAAUAAACUGUAAAAAGUUGGUGGAAGUUGCAUCAGACUUUGAGCUUAAUGAGAAUCCCACCAAAAGUGACAUUCUGUCGGUGAUAAAGAAUCAGUCAACUGUGGAAAAGAUCUUAAAACGACCUGGCCAAAGAUACAAAGGCCAAGGGGGUACCGAAAUGGCUGCUACAAAGAUCCAAGCAACAUGGCGAUGUUAUCAGGCCAGAAAAGCCUACGUCCAUUUCAGGCAGCAGCAGUGGGCAUCAGGUGUGAUCGCCAUUUCUUGGCUCUUGCGUAAUCACAUGGCACAUGUGAAAAAGACCCUGAAGGAGUCACGUCAGAGACACCUGGAGAAUUUUUACAUCAGGGCCAAGCAUCUGGCAGCCAACUGGAAUCGCAUCAGGACCUCCAGGAGGACUAUUAUCCAUAUCCCAUCAUUAGGAUAUUCCCAAUGCAUCCGUGAGCAUAUUCCUGAUCUUGCUCUCCAACAGAAUAUGCAGAUGGGAAGGCUGUGUGACAUACUGGAUGCCAACGUGGACGUCAUCUACAUCUGCCCCCUUCAUUUGAGUGAGGAGUUACUGCAGUAUUACAAUAAACUCCUGGGUCUGCAGGCAGCUGUUAGAUCUGGGAACCCUGAGGACAUGGGUGACCUGCAGGACAGGUUCAAAAUUCUCACCCCUGAAGCUAUAAACAGCUUCCCUAAGCAUCACAUGUGCCUAGCCACUCAGCUGAAGUACAGUCCCAAGACAAUCAAAAGAAUAAAAAAUCUUAUCCAGAGCAGAGAUGCCUACAUUAUUGGAGGGGUUCCCCACAAAGAUGAUUUAGCAGUGGCUGACAUGCUAAAUGUGCCUAUAUUAGGCUCAGUGCCAGAAGUGGCUCAUCUCUAUAGUACCAAGUCUGGAAGUAAACGAAUUUUUGCUAGUGCUUGUGUGCCAACCCCUCCUGGAGAAUCUGACAUCUACAACAAUGAACAGAUGAUUAGCGUUCUCAGCCAGCUGAUCAUUGACAAUAUGGAAGUACAGCGUUGGUUGUUUAAAGUGAAUGAUGAAUCUGGAGGAAAUGGCACUGCCUAUUGUGAUAUUAUUUCGCAUUUGAAAUGCUACCACUGGGUUCAAAAGGAACGUCAGAGAUACAGCCCUGAGAUAUGGAGUAAGAAGGGGGCACAUGAGCCAGCUUUGGUGAAGAUCUCCCAGGAGCUGCCGGGCCUUUUAGCACAGCACGUACAGCCAGUCAAUGAGAAACGAUUCCCUACAUGGGAAAAAUUCCUCCAAACAUUUCUUAGUCAAGGUGGUGUGAUAGAAGCCUUCCCGCUCUCAGAAAAUGUCACAAACCUUACAGUGGAUAUGCUGAUAGAGCCAACAGGCAAGAUAAAAAUAGUGUCAUCUGGAGACCAGCUCCAUGCUGACGGUCCUUUGCGAUCAUCUGGCACUACCAUUCCACAAUGUUCUGUUGAUCCAGCAGUUCUUCAUUCACUCUGCUUAAAAAUUGGAGAAACCUGUAAAUCUAAAGGAGUGCUUGGUUACUUCUCAGUUGAUUUUGUGACUUUCAUCCAUCCACAAACAAUGGAGCAGCAGAUCCUUGUCCUAACGAGUCUUCCACGUGGGCUGCACAGGCUCCUCAGUGGUUUUAUCGAGCCCUUUUGGUCUAUCAAAGCUGUGAGCCUUCCUGCGUGCAUGGUAUCAAGAGUAGCGCAUGCGAGCGGAGCAGUGCAUGACACCAUUCCAGCUCCCCUCUCAGCCUGA